GACAGGUAAUUCCUUAAAGGUUUGGUGUUAAUUUUUCCUAAUCUUCCAGACUCAAAUCUCACCUCUCUCUCUCUCUCUCUCUCUCUCUCUCUCCGGUUCCCCAAGUUCAACUCCCGACACCAUCUCUACCCAGAGAGAGAAGAACACAACCGCGAAGCUUUGUUCGAAGAACUUCACGUUCGAAGCUGAUUUGUUCACAUUUGCCCAAACCGUUUCUCUCUCCAGCUGCAUUCACUCGUUCGCAUUUUGAAAUUUAAUGUUGCAUUCUCGAGAUCCCGUGGUUUAUCAGGUCUGGCUUUGAAUUUGACUUAGCAUUCUGUUUUGCAACUGAGAAAAUUGAGGGAGAAAAAGGACACGUGUUGAUUUGGUAUUGGAAGAGUAAAUUAUUUUGAUUGAGCUUGAUGUAGGUGGUAAAGCAGUUUGCAUUGAUUUGGUGAUGUACUUCUGAAGCUUUUAGUUAGUAUAGUUACUAUGGAAGAGGAAAAUGCAGUUGAGCUUCUGCAAAGAUUCCGGCGGGACAGGCGCAUACUUUUGGAUUAUAUACUUUCUGGUAGUUUUAUUAAGAAAGUUGUGAUGCCCCCUGGUGCGGUUUCUUUGGAUGAUGUGGAUCUAGAUCAAGUGAGUGUUGAUUACGUACUCAGUUGUGCUAAGAAAGGUGGGAUGCUUGAACUGUCAGAAGCUAUUAGAGAUUAUCAUGACAACACUUUGUUCCCGCACAUGAAUAAUAUGGGUUCAACAGAUGAGUUUUUUCUGGUCACAACUCCUGAUCUCUCGGGUUUGCCACCAAAACGGGCACCGCCACCUGUCCCCAUGUUUACACCCUCACCCAUUCUGCCAAGUCUGUCAAAAUCAGUGUCUCUUAUCUCUACACAUGAAGAAGAGUCUCCUGAGUCCACGCAUGUGGAAGAGUCUCUUAACUCCACGCAAGUGCAAGAACUUUCUGUAGAUGACAUCGAGGAUUUUGAGGAUGAUGAUGACUUAGAGGAAGUCGAGAGCCGUAGGACUUCAAGACGAAUACCAAAUGAUGCCUCAGAUCUUGCACCAGGGUUAUCUUCAUUUGCAACUGGUAUUAGCGAUGAUGAUCUUCGUGAAACUGCGUACGAGAUCCUAUUGGCUGCUGCAGGGGCUUCAGGGGGCCUGAUCGUACCAACAAAAGAAAAAAAGAAAGAAAAAAGGUCCAGAUUUAUGAGGAAGCUUGGACGUGGUAAAAGUGAACAUGCUGUGAACCAGUCCCAGCAUUCAACUGGAUUAGUUGGCUUGUUGGAGACAAUGAGAGUCCAGAUGGAGAUUUCUGAAGCAAUGGACAUCAGAUCGAGACAAGGGAUGCUUAAUGCAAUGGUGGGAAGAGUGGGAAAAAGAAUGGAUACUCUUUUGAUCCCUCUCGAAUUGUUGUGUUGCAUUUCCCGAACGGAGUUUCCUGACAAGAAGGCUUACAUACGGUGGCAAAAAAGACAAUUGAAUAUGCUGGAGGAGGGGCUUAUAAAUCAUCCGGCUGUGGGAUUUGGUGAAUCAGGUCGCAAGGCUAGUGAACUAAGGAUUCUUUUGGCAAAGAUAGAGGAAUGUGAGUUCCUCCCUUCAUCAAUGGGUGAACUCCAGCGAACAGAAUGCUUGAGAUCGCUUCGAGAGAUUGUGAUUCCACUUGCAGAGAGGCCAGCUCGAGGUGACUUGACUGGUGAAGUAAGCCAUUGGGCAGAUGGUUAUCACCUUAAUGUCAGACUAUACGAGAAACUGCUUCUCAGUGUGUUUGAUGUUUUAGAUGAGGGAAAACUUACGGAGGAAGUGGAAGAAAUUCUUGAGCUUCUAAAGUCAACAUGGCGUAUUCUGGGAAUCACCGAGACCAUCCACUCCACCUGCUAUGCAUGGGUGCUAUUUCGUCAGUUUGUCAUCACAAGUGAGCAAGGAAUGUUGCAGCAUGCCAUUGAACAGUUGAACAAAAUACCGAUGAAGGAACAAAGGGGCCAGCAAGAGAGGUUGCAUUUGAAAAGCUUGCUUUCUAGAGUUGAAAGGGAAGAGGGGGUUCGAGAGUUUACUUUCCUGCAGUCCUUCUUGUCACCUAUUAAGAAAUGGGCUGAUAAGCAGCUGGGGGACUACCAUCUGCACUUUUCUGAGGAUUCAGCAUUGAUGGAGGGUAUUGUAGCUGUUUCGAUGCUUUCUCGGAGACUGCUUCUUGAAGAACCGGAAAUGGCGCUGCAAUCUGUCACGGACAAAGAUCAGAUAGAAACAUAUAUAUCACUGUCCCUUAAGACUGCAUUCACAAGGGCGUUACAUGAGGUUGAGACAGUAGCUGAUGCAACAAAUGAACAUCCUCUUGCAUUACUUGCUGAACAGAGCAAGAAACUUUUACAGAAAGAGGCAACCAUGUUCAUGCCAAUCUUAUCUCAGAGGCAUCCACAAGCUAUUGUUGUUUCAGCAUCUCUUCUUCACAGACUUUAUGGGAACAAGUUGAAACCUUUCAUCAAUGGUGCUGAACAUCUUACCGAGGAUGUUGUAUCGGUAUUUCCGGCUGCUGAUAGCCUUGAGCAGCAUGUAAUGACACUCAUCAUGUCUGUCUAUGAAGAGACAACUGCAGAGGCCCACUUCAGGAAACUGACUCUAUACAAGAUUGAAACCGUCUCUGGAACGCUAGUGUUGCGCUGGGUCAAUGCCCAGCUCGGAAGAAUUCUAGGUUGGGUUGAGCGAGCUAUUCAACAGGAGCAUUGGGACCCAGUAUCACCUCAGCAGCGACAUGGAAGUUCAAUUGUUGAAGUUUAUAGGAUUGUGGAAGAGACGGUUGAUCAAUUUUUCGCUCUGAAGGUCCCAAUGAGGUUGGGGGAAAUGAAUAGCCUCUUUCGUGGUAUUGACAAUGCAUUUCAAGUUUAUGCAAAACAUGUUGUUGACAAAAUAGCUAGCAAAGAGGAUUUAAUCCCACCAGUACCUAUCCUUACGCGACACAAAAAGGAACUUGGAAUUAAAGCCUUUGUAAAGAGGGAAUUACAUGAUCCCAGGCUCCCUGAUGUGAGAACGUCUACUGAAAUUACUGUUCUGACGACGCCGACCCUUUGUGUCCAGUUGAAUACACUUCAUUAUGGCAUUAGUCAACUGAAUAAGUUGGAAGAUAGCAUUUGGGAUCGGUGGACAAGAAAAAGAACACAAGAAAAGUUAGUCAAAAGAUCCAUUGAUGAGAAUUCGAGAAGUUCCAUGCAAAAGGACACAUUUGAUGGAAGUAGGAAAGACUUUAAUGUAGCUAUUGACCGUCUCUGUGAGUUCACAGGAACAAAGAUUGUUUUCUGGGAUCUGAGGGAGCCGUUCAUUGACAACCUGUAUAAACCCAGUGUUCCCCAGUCCAGGAUGGAAGGGCUGAUUGAACCUCUUGAUAUGGCACUGAAUCAACUAUGUGAUAUAAUUGUCGAGGCACUAAGGGAUCGCGUGGUGACUGGUCUCCUUCAAGCAUCAUUGGAUGGCUUACUCCGAGUUAUACUUGACGGAGGCCCAUCACGUGUUUUCUCCCCAGGCGAUGCUAAACUUUUGGAAGAAGAUGUAGAAGUACUAAAGGAGUUCUUUAUUUCUGGAGGAGAUGGGCUUCCUCGUGGAGUAGUGGAAAAUCAAGUAGCACGUGUUCGGCAGGUGGUCAAGUUGCAUGGUUAUGAGACGAGGGAAUUGAUCGAGGACAUAAAAUCCGCCAGUGGGGUAGGAAUGCAGAGUGGCAGAAGCAAACUGGGUGCUGAUACCAAUACCCUAUUGAGGAUACUAUGUCAUAGGAGCGACUCAGAGGCUUCUCAAUUCCUCAAGAAACAGUUCAAGAUACCCAAAUCCGCUGCUUAGUGUAGUAACAUGGAAUUCGCAGAAGUUAAAGAAAUUACGGGAGCAUGCAAGAGAUACCGGACUUUGAAAUUGUGGGAAAAAAUCACCUUGUUAGGAUGUAGUUCAUUUAUUUUCUUCCUGGAAAUAUUGUGGUUUCUUUCCAUUUUCCCAAUUUUUUUUUGUUGUAUCCGCUCGCAUUUACCUUUGCCGUGGUAGAAGUGAUUUAUGUUGCUCAUAUUCCCAUCGUUGUAGCCGUUGUAAACACCACCAAUCUCUUUUGCAAAGUUUAUUAGAUUUUUCAUUCGCCAUAUGAAAACAAUAUACCAAAAUAGUACGUGGUUUGAACUCA